UCCCUAACCCCGUCUCCUCUCCUCUGGUAUUUAAAAUCAACCAGACCGGAGGCAGCCCGCGGCAAAAAGUCCAUGGCGGAGGUGGACGCAGCUGAUCGGAACCCUAGGUUCUUCGUGGCGGUCCACGUCGGCGCUGGAUUCCACGCGCCGUCGAACGAGAAAGCUCUCAGGUCUGCCAUGAAACGUGCUUGCCUCGCUGCUGCUUCUGUUCUCCGCAAGGGUCCAGGUGGAUGUGUAGAUGCUGCUUUAGCUGCAUUACAAGUCUUAGAGGAUGAUCCAAGCACAAAUGCUGGGCGUGGUUCAAAUUUGACUGAAGAUGGUCAUGUGGAAUGUGAUGCCAGUAUCAUGGAUGGUGAUUCUGGAGCAUUUGGGGCUGUUGGAGCAGUGCCAGCAGGUGUUCGGAAUGUCAGCCAAAUUGCUGUUUUGUUGACAAAGGAACAAAUGUUGGGUUCAUCAUUGCUGGGUCGAAUACCUCCCAUUUUCUUGGUUGGUGAAGGUGCACGUGUAUGGGCGAAAUCAAAGGGCAUAUCUCUGCCAGAGUGUGCGGCAGAGGCUGAUGAGUGGCUGGUUACAGACAAAGCAAAAGGACAGUGGGAAAAAUUCAAAGCAAUGCUUGAUGAUGCAAAAGCCACGACGACAAUUGAUGUAAAACAUUCUGGCCCUCUAGAGAAUGCUACUAUAUCAGAAGCUCAACCAUGUGAUCAUUCGAAGGCAAAUGGUGAUGGUGGUCUAUCUUCUACUUUGAAUGCAACAAAUGAUGAUUGCAUUAUGGACACUGUUGGGGUUAUAUGUGUUGACACGGAAGGGCAUAUAGCAUCUGGAGCUUCAAGUGGUGGCAUUGCCUUGAAGGUAAGUGGACGGGUGGGAUUAGCAGCAAUGUAUGGUUCAGGUUGUUGGGCAUCCACAAAAGGCCCCUUUGGCGUUCCCUUUGUAGUUGGUUGUUGUGUUAGUGGUGCUGGAGAGUAUUUGAUGAAAGGAUUUGCUGCUCGGGAGUGCUGUGUCUCAUCAUCACUGUCACAGGCAGGUCCAGCCUCUGCUUGUGUGAAAGUUUUACGCUCUGUUAUACGAGACAACAGCCUACAUGGUACAGAUAAAAGUGCUGGAGUUCUAAUUGUCCAAGCCGAGGCUCCUGUAAAUCUUCCGGGCAUCCCACCUAAGCUGAAGGCUAUAGAGAUGGCAGCUGCCUACAGUUCCCUGUCUUUUGGAAUAGGUUAUUUUGGAAGCUCUAUGGACCGACCCAAGGUCUCAAUUCUUAGGAGUACAAGACAGCAAAAUAGGAUCGAUAUUGACCAGUUUGCCACCCGAAUCGAUCUCAGUGCCGAGAAAAUGUUGUAAUUGGGAACUUAAUAAUAUGUGGCCCUGGACCUUACACAAGUUUCCUGGUUCAGUGAAAGUGGAGCCAAAAGAGAAUUUAAUUUUUUUUAUUCGUAGGGGCAACUAUUAUGUUUAUUUUCUCUUUCAAUGUGAUUUUCAUGUAUAGGUUUGGAACACCAGUGUUUUUAUGCUCCUUGAAUGGGCACUGAUUUUUGAUUUGAUUGUACCAGUGGUUUAUGGUAGGUUAUUUCCGCAGAAUGUACA